AUGUCCAAGCCAAUUCGCGUGGGUUUCAUCGGGCUCAGCUCCAACGAAAACAUCCAGCUAGCCGGCGCAUGGGGCAAGAAUGCCCACCUCCCGUACCUGCUGCAGUCCCCGGACUAUACCAUCACGGCCCUGUGCAACUCGUCGCAGGAGUCGGCCAAGAAGGCGGCUGAGCUCCACGGCCUGGACACCGGCAAAGUCCGCACCUACGGCGACCCGGAGUCCCUGGCCCAGGACAACGAAGUCGACAUGGUCGUCUGCUCCGUCAAUGUCGCGCAGCACUACCACCUGAUCAAGCCGGCCUUACUCGCAGGGAAGAUGGUGUUUUGCGAGUGGCCACUGGCGUCAAACCUCGAGCAGAUGCAACAACUGGCCGACUUGGCCGAGCAAAACAAUCUCAAGACUAUCGUGGGGUUGCAGGGCCGCAGGGGCGCCUAUGUCGACGCGAUCAGGAAGUUUAUCGGCGACAAACCAGGCCAGUUAGGCGAAGUUCUCAGCACGUCCAUGCUGGGGUACUCGUUGCUUCUAGGCAUGGCGACGCCCAAGGAGAUUGCUUACUUGAUGGAUAUCAAAAGCGGAGGGAACAUGUUCACCAUCACAGCCAUGCACAUGCUCGACACCCUGACCGCCGCACUGGGCGAGAUCGAAUCCCAAAAUACUCUGCUCAGGAACCGCCGCCCCACGCUCGCCGUGACAGACAGCGCCUUCAACGUCGUCGACCCGUCCUACCCCAACAGCACGCCAGACCACAUCCUGAUCCACGGCGUGCUCGCGGGUGACGUCCCCUUCAAUUUCCAGGUCCGCGGCGGACCGCAGUUCCAGGACACGCCCGCAUUCGACUGGCGCGUCUACUUCACCAGGGGCGAGGUCCGGGUCAGCGGCGACGAAGGAAUGCUCUGGACGGCCGGCGGGAUCAAGGUCCAAGUGCAUGACUAUGUGGCCAACAAGGUCGAGGAUGUGGAUUUGAAUCAGGUGCUGAAGGAAGAUGUGAAGGACGAUGUUGCGUACAGGAUGGGAUUGCAGGCUCCGGCGGAUAAUGUGGCGAGGCUGUAUGACGCGUUUGUAAAGGGGGAGACGAGCAAGUAUCUGGACUUUAAGCAGAGUUUGAAGUGGGCAAGGUUCAUCCACGAGGCGUAUGCUGCCAACGGCUUCUAG